AUGGUAUCAAGAAAGAGACAGGAUUACGGGUUUCGUGGCUACAGAGCCCCUGUUAUUCCCAGAGCUCCUCGAUCUAUAAGGAGGAGGGGCCCACCCAAGCAUUCGUUUGAAGAAAGCAAACUUUGUGCCUUUGAACUACUCGCAGCUGUAGCCGGUAAGUUGUUGCAGGAGAGUGAAAGCUCUGCCUCGAGUAAUGUAGCCGGAGCAAAUGAAAAGCAGUCUAUUUCUGGAAAUGGAAAUGGUAAGGGCCAGCUUAUUGAUGAUAAGGCUUUGAAAUCAGAUAGCUUCGAGCAUGGAAGCUGUGCCGAGAGUGCAUUUGUUCCUGAGAUAUCCAUUCAAGAACAAAAUCUCCUCCCCAGCUUCAAGGAGAAACCUGUGAGUUUGGAUGUCCUACAGAAAGUUGAUUGCGGUGUGCAACUUGAGGAGGAGUGUAGAUUCAAUAGGAAUGGAAAUAGUGUUGGGGGAUCAGCUUGUUUUGGUGAUAGCUUCAACAUUAAUGUCGAGAGUGGACGGAAAAUGGAUUUGGGGGAUGAAAAAUGUCAAAUAGGUGAACUGUCAAUAGCCAAGACGUCUAAUGUAAAGGAACCUAACGAAGAAUGUGUUAAUAGUAAUUUGAUAAUUAAUUCAGAUAGUAGUGUACAGUUGCCCGUGUACAGGGAGCCUAUUGCUGAUGCUAGCUUGCAGAAGCAGUCAACUGAUGUAAAAUUAGGAGUUAGAGAUGAUGACGAAAAUUCUUAUAGGUGCAAGAAACUUAGCACCAAGGUUAGGCCCUUUAAGCCUCAACCAGGAACCGAACACCGUAGAAUAAGAAGGAUGAUGGCAUCCAAAUACAGAAAGGUAGCUCCAAAGCGAAAGGGUCAUGAACUUUUUAACAUUAGUGAGGGAAUGAAGUCGUUUUACCAGUAUAGGAAGCGAAUCUAUACACGAGAGUGGUUUCAACCAGCACCUAUCAAGAAAAGGAAGUUGUCUGGUAACAGAUAUUCAGUUGCUUAUGAUCAAGAUACCAGCAGCGGUAGUAUCUCUAAUUUGCCAGAGAAGGGAAAUAGGACAGCUAGUGAUACAGUGAACGACUAUUCUAAAGGCAAGGACCCACAUGUGAAAUUCAGCAUCAAGUCUUUCAAGGUGCCAGAACUUUACAUUGAGGUCCCGGAAACUGCAAGUGUUGGUUCCCUGAAGAGAUCCGUGAUGGAAGCAGUUACAGCUAUUCUGGGGAGCGGAAUACGAGUAGGUCUACUUUUUCAAGGGAAGAAAGUCAGAGAUGACAAUAGAACUCUGCAGCAAGCUGGUAUUUCUCAGAGUAAUGAUCUCGAUACCCUGGGUUUCACGUUGGAGCCGUGUUUUACUCAUGUUUCCUCAGCAAAGGCUGCUGCUAAGAAGAAACUCUCCCCAGUAUUAACAUGUGAAGAAAGUCCCAGGUCUCCUGCCACUCCAGUGAUCGAUUCAUCAAUCUCGAAUGCUUCAGUGGACCCACCACCGACCCAUUUGGUCAAUAAAUCUGAUGAUGAAAACAAGGACAACAAGAGACUCGUAUCAUCCUCCCUCGAGUCGCCCGAUGAUGAACGAAUGGAUGGAGGGGCUGCUGCUGUUCCUGAGCCCAGUAAUGCUUUAGUAGCAUUGCCUCCAAUGAAUGUGGGCCCACUUGCAGUGGUCCCUGUCGACUCUAAACCCAAGCGUUGUGACCUUUCGCAGCGUAGAACCAGGAGACCCUUCUCAGUAGCUGAAGUCGAGGCGCUCGUUGGAGCAGUUGAAAAACUCGGGACCGGGAGGUGGCGUGAUGUCAAAAUCGGUGCUUUUGAGAAUGCUGAUCAUAGAACUUAUGUUGAUCUGAAGGAUAAAUGGAAGACUUUAGUUCACACGGCAAGCAUAUCUCCUCACCAAAGAAGAGGCGAGCCGGUCCCACAGGAGCUGCUGGAUCGUGUUUUAGUAGCUCAUUCGUAUUGGUCUCAACAUCAGUCCAAACAACACGGCAAGCCCCCAGCAGCCGAGCCUUUGAAAACCGAGGAUCCUCAUCGUGAGGAGAUUGUCGGAGCUUGA